AAAUAUCCUCUCUAAGUCCAUAAGCUGCCUAGGUACAUUUAUUUACAGGUUAACAAGCCCGUUUAAACCUGAAAUUGUACACGCAUUAUAUAUCGAUGUAAGUAUGUUAUUAGAUGCGUGAAUCGUAAUCUUGGAAGUUAUGAAUACCUUCGGAAACCCUUUAUCUAGCAUGGCCAUCUCUGAAGUAAUGCGAGUUGGCCAAUCUAUGUGGCGAUAUCGGACUAUAAAGAAGCUGAGGACCCCGCUGCUACCAUCGAUAUUGAUAUCAACCCAUCGUCUAUCGCUGCCAUUCAACCGCACAAGACUUCUUCAUCAGAUACCACCCGUCGCUAUGUCUACUAUCGAUAAAACAAACGAUAAAUCAGCAAGUAGUUGGAUCGGCCACCAGGGCGCUGCUGCUUUUGAUCUCAGAAGCGACACUAUGACUACUCCAACUCAAGACAUGUUAUUUGCCAUCCAAAAAGCUACCUUGUUGGAUGAUGUUUUUGAAGAAGACCCGACCACUAUAGACCUCGAGACUCACGUCGCCUCCUUGACAGGUAAAGAGGCCGCCUUGUUCGUCCUUUCUGGCACCAUGGGCAACCAAAUAGCCUUACGGACAUUGCUCACACAGCCACCGCAUGGUGUGCUAACGGAUCACCGUUCGCACAUUAUCAAGUACGAGGCUGGAGGCGUAUCAUCAUUGACCGGUGCUAUGACUACUGCUGUGGCGCCUCGAAAUGGCCUCUUUCUGACUCUGGAGGAUAUCAAGUCUAAUGUCGUCCUUGGAGAUGAGAUACACUCCUGUCCGACACGUGUCAUCAGCCUGGAGAAUUCGUUGAACGGAUUAGUUAUGCCGCUGGCGGAGGUGAAGAGGAUCUCCGAGUUUGCUAGAGAGCACGGUAUCCUGAUGCAUUGCGACGGCGCGAGACUGUGGGAAGUUGUCGCUUCCGGUGCUGGGUCGCUACCAGACUUCUGUCAGCACUUUGAUACAAUCUCCCUCUGCUUCUCCAAAGGACUAGGUGCUCCGAUCGGAAGCAUCAUUGUCGGUAAUAAGUCACUCAUAAAGCAUGCGAGAUGGGUGCGUAAGUCGAUCGGUGGUGGCUUGCGUCAAUCCGGCGUUGUUACAGCCGCUGCUCGAGUGGCGGUUGAUGUGACUUUCGGCAAAGGCCCAAACGCCGAAGGCGGCCUUCUUCGAGAUACACAUCUCACGGCAAAGCGCGUUGAGAGGCUGUGGACAGACUUGGGAGGCCAGGUGGAGUAUCCCGUCCAGACGAAUAUGGUUUGGCUAGAUCUUAAAUCAUUAAACUGCAGCCCUUCUAGAUUUUCUCAGCUGGGCCACCAAGCUGGCUUGAAGAUUUCCGGUAACCGUCUUAUCACGCAUUACCAAAUUGGUGAGGAGGCUAUCAGGAGGCUGUCUGGCAUAUUCGAGAACGUAGCCGCAGAAAAUGGGGCCGGUAGUCACGAUAAAAGCCACGAGACACUCCAAUAUGACCUUUACGGCACCAAGGUUUAGGUAGUGGCCUGGCCAAGACCGGUUGAGGUAUACGACGACUUAGAUAAGUAGGGUGGGAGUAAGCAACUACGAGCUGUUCCAAAAUAGUACCCACAAUAUGUAAUUAGCUGAGAGCUUACAACUCGUUGGCAAUCACAUGUUCUGAAUCAAAUAUAUCACGAGCAUUUCGGUGAG